ACCGCAGGUUCCGGAGCCAACAUGGCGGCUCACGCGAGUGAACUGGAGAUCGCCAAGAAGAAUUUAACAGAUGCCAUUGGAGAAAACGUCAAACACUACUGGGCGAAUCUGAAGCUGUGGUUUAAGCAGAAGAUCAGUAAGGAGGAGUUUGACUUGGAGGCGCGGCGGCUGCUGGCGCAGGACAACGUGCACGUUCACAAUGACUUCCUGCUGGCUAUUCUAACACGCUGCCAGAUCAUCGUUUCCACAUCAGAGGGUCCCGGUUCUCUGCAGUGGUCCGGUGCAUCCGCAUCCAAACCUGGCAAACCCACCCGAGGCAAGAAGAAGUUUCCGUCGGUCCGGCAGAAGUUUGACCACCGCUUCCAGCCGCAGAACCCUCUUGCGGGGGCGCCGGUGUUCAGUCCACGUGAUGCGGAGGAGGAGGAGCUGAAGCUGUCCGCGCAGACGCUGCUGCUGCCCUCUAGAGGACAACUGGAGGCGCGCAUGAUGGUCAGCGCGUUCGAGAGCGAUCUGGACAGCGUGGCGGAGGACGCCGUCAGCUGCAUGCUCUGCGCACUGCAGGUGCACCUGAAGGACAUCCUCACAGCGCUGGUGUCCCGCAGGAAGGCGUAUCGGCUGAGGGAUGGACACUUCCUGUACGCUUUUGGCAGUGACGUCACGCCGCGCCCCUACCUGAAGAACAGCCUGCCGGCGUACCACAGCGCCACCGAGUGUCCUCCGGCGAGCGCGUCUCUCCCCGCCGCCGCUCCUGCGCGUGUGUGUCCUGAUGAAGCGGAGCAGAACGCUGCGCUCCUGCUGGCCUGUUCAGCUGAUGCUGCUGCGCCGCCACUGCAGCCUGUCAGUGUGUAUGACCUGCUGGAGGCGCUACAGGUCCAGCGGCGGGUGAUGCCGUCUCACAGCAUGUAUGCGCUGAACAUGGAGAGGAUUCUGGCGCGUCUCUGGCAUCCCAGUCAUGAGGAGCUGGAGCAGGACCACAUUCACCGGCAGCACCUCGCACUCCGGGACGGCCUGGUCACCUGACACAGAGGAUCAACACACACACACACACACCUGUUUGGUCAAGGACUUUAGACACACACCUGUAAAUACUGCUCUGUUGUUUAGUUGUGUAUGCCUGUGCUGUGAGUCUGGAUCUGCAGUUCUCUCCUCUGAUUAUUGAUUAUUGAUUGAUGAUCUGAGGAAUGCUGAUUUAGGCUGUCAAAUAAAUUGAAACUUUGUUUUUCCACUAUUCCUGCAUGUGUACAUACGAGAAAUAAUUAGCUGCCAUCUUUGAUCUUUACCCUAACACAUAGCUUUUUAGGUAAACUGAGCGUGUGUGUGUGUGUGUGUGUGUGUGUGUGUGUGUGUGUGUGUGUGUGUGUGUGUGUGCGCGCGCGCGCGUGCGUAGAGUAUACACACACUGCUGUGAUUGACGUUGAACUCUGAGCAGGAUGUUAUUCAGUAUGAUCCACAUGAGGGUGAACAUUAACAAACCCUGCUGGAGUUAAAGAUCACCCAGGAUCUGAUCUGUUUAUUCUAGAUGUCCUACAUGAGGGAAACUGCCCCCUGGACUCUCUUUCCCACAUCAACAAACACUGUAGUAAAGUCUAUUAUACUCUCUGUUAAUGAGUGCUCCGGUAUACUCUAGUAUUACCUAUAGUGAACUGAUCAACUAAUAAAUGCAGUAAUCUACUUUA